UAGACAGCCAAACUGGGACUUUGUGUACAUGACAGACAGACACGAUGACAGAGGGACAGACAGACAACCUGACGAGCCGCAGGAGACGAACAAUGUGAUUUUUCAUCCUGCCGUUAGUCUCUGUCAGCAGCUGUUACACACUUAGCAGGGUUUGCUUUUAAGUCCAGGUGCUCCACAAAUUCUCAGGAGAGCAGUUUGCAGCGUUCCCUGGCUGGGAAUACAAACAGGGAUGGAAAGCAAAGAGGCCAACGAAGGCAGAGGGAGAGAGAGCGACGGAGAGAAAGAUAAACAUCUGAAGGACCAGCUCAACAGCGAGGAGAAAGGAGAGAAGGAGAUCAAAGGGAAUGAGAAAGAGAAGAAGAAAGACAGACGGCGUUCGGGGUCUCUGUGGAGGAGUGGAUGGGCGCUGAGUGAAAGACUGGCCAUCAAUGUCUCAGGGAUGCGUUAUGAAACUCAGCUCCGCACUUUAGCCCAAUUCCCCAACUCCAUGUUGGGCGACCCCAGGCGGCGGUCACGAUACUUUGACCCGCUACGAAACGAGCUCUUCUUGGACCGCAAUCGGGCCUGCUUUGAUGCUAUUCUGUAUUUUUACCAGUCGGGCGGUAGGCUUCGGAGGCCUGCAAACAUACCCCUGGACAUCUUCAUGGAUGAACUGAUGUUCUACGAGCUCGGGGAGGAGAUCAUGAACCGCUUCAAGGAGGACGAAGGUUUCCCGAAGGAGGAGGAGAGGCCUCUGCCGGCCAACGAAAUCCAGAGGAAACUGUGGAUGCUGUUUGAGCACCCCGAGUCCUCGUCGGGUGCUCGUAUCAUUGCCAUCAUCAGCGUGAUGGUGAUCGUGGUGUCCAUCCUCAUCUUCUGCCUGGAGACGCUGCCUGACCUCAGGAGUGACAAAGAGGCCGUCAACUCGCAGGCAAAGAAUGGAACCGAGAACAUGCCUCCUCCACCAAGUGUUUUCCAGGACCCUUUCUUCUUGGUAGAAACCAUGUGUAUAUGCUGGUUCUCCUUUGAGCUCUUCAUGCGCUUCACUUGCUCCCCCAGCAAGAUGCACUUCUUCAAGGACGUCAUGAACAUCAUCGAUUUCAGCGCCAUCCUCCCUUAUUUCGUCACUCUGGGAACAGAGCUGGCCAAGGACAACGAUGCCUCCCCCGCCACAUCCUUGGCCAUCAUCAGAGUCAUCAGGCUGGUGAGGGUCUUCAGGAUCUUCAAGCUGUCUCGUCACUCCAAAGGCCUCCAGAUCCUGGGUCAGACGCUGAGGGCAAGCAUGCGUGAGCUGGGCCUGCUCAUCUUCUUCCUGUUCAUCGGCGUCAUCCUCUUCUCCAGUGCCGUCUACUUCGCUGAGGCUGAUCACAACAGAACGGACUUUGUCAGCAUACCUCAUGGCUUCUGGUGGGCAGUUGUCACUAUGACCACAGUGGGCUACGGUGACAUGUACCCAGCCACAGUGUGGGGGAAGCUGGUGGGCUCCAUGUGUGCCAUUGCUGGCGUUCUUACCAUCUCGCUGCCUGUGCCCGUCAUUGUGUCCAACUUCAGCUACUUCUACCAUCGGGAGACCGAAUGUGAGGAUCGAAAUGAGUACACUCACGUCAUGAGCACUCUGUGGGAGGAUGAGGGUCCUGAAGGGGAGGAAGCAGAGGAAGGAGAUAAAGAUCCAGAGGGAGAUUAUUAUGCCAUUGAAGGCAUCUGCAACCCCCUGAAUGGGACCUUGCUUGGCGGACUGUGUGCAGGACAGAGCACAGAGUUCAGAGGGGGAAACUUGUAUCUGAGGGAACCACUGGUUACUCAGGUUUAGGGAGGGUGAGUGUGUUUUGCACCCUUUGACAAAGACAUAGCAUGAUUGAAAAAGCAGAAUGAUGCACAACAACAUGUGUGGAGAGGUCCUGAAAGAAGAUACUAGCAAACCAGCAACUGACAAAUUAUGUAACAUAUUGAAUCUAACACCAAUAUACCUCCUAACAACCUUAUACUGCAUUUCCUUGCUCAUUCAUAGUUAUUUAUUGCAGCACCAGCCUGCCAAAUGCCACUGAAAAGCAACUUUUGUAUGAUACAGUUUUAACAAAGGAAAAGUUUUACAUUCUCAGGGUCAUGAUAUAAAUAUAAUAUGAGGUAUUAUUUAUUAACGCUGUCAGCUAGUGUUUGAGAUGAAAAUGACUUUCUGAAUGUCUGCGCCUUGAAACUAUGAUGUCUUAGUAAUGUUACUCUGUGUCUUGAAGUUUGAAGUGGAAGCGGAUAGAUUAUUGGGAAUAUAGAUGUCACUUCCCAUCAGAACUCAAUCACCAGCAGAGCCAUCGCUGCAGACAGGCCGAGAUCUCUUGUAAACCAACUCCACAUUCUCAGCAUUCUUCUGCAAGCAACGUACGGAGUUCACAUUUGUGUAGUUUGGGCUUAUGUUACCAGAAGCAACCGACAUGACCUUUAUCAUGUCACCUAUAAGCCUGCAGCGUUACUUGUGGACACACUGUUACUUGUAGUAUUUGUGUAAAGAGGAACGCUUUGAUUGCUUGGCCAAAUGUUCUAUAUUUAUCUGCUUAAUUAUGCACUCAGUGUUUUUAAUAAAGAUUCUAUUUUAUUAAUUUU